UGUCAGGUUUUAGUCUGCUGGGGUACCUUGUAGCCACGUUCAUUCUGGAUAGCUCGAUGCAUGGUUCUCCUGAAUGAUGCUGCCCUUUGUCUGCUGGAUCUAGACACGGCUUGAUAAGACUCUUCUGAUAAUGACUUUGUUUCGUUUGAUCCCGUCCCGAGGCGUUUCAUCUGAUGGGCGCCGAGCCGAGCCACGGCAUGAGGAGUCGAAAUCAAGAUGUAUUUUGUGCAGAAGCGAAGUAGGUAUCACUGUUCCACAGCAGGAACAAGCGACCACUCGCGCAAUUCUUGUUGCGAACCCGAGUAGCUGUUUUGGCCCAGGCACAAGGAUGCGCAAUCACCCCUAUCUCGAUGCAUCGAGCUGUUCACAGUGCUGCCGUGAACCGAGCCCGAACCUCCUCGCUGAUCGAAGCUGGUCACUGUGUCAUGCAACCCGAGAUCUUGUCAGCCCUGAAAUGAGAACGUCAGCUCGAAUUUCCGACCAAGCCGCUCCUAAGGUAGAUCAUGUUUCUACGCUCCAUGACGACUAUUGCAGGCCUUUCUGGAAUAUCAUGCGCGUAGAUUUGUCGAAGCAAAACAGAAGACGAAGCCAGCCGAUGCCGCUGUCAAGUUCUUCUGCCGCCGUCAGUGCGACUCGAGAAUAAUCACAGGAAAUGCAGCAACCCGGAGAUGUGAUAAGGUUACGGGCCGUUCUCGAGGCUCAAGACUGGUAGCGCUCUCUACUGGAUGUUGAGUCUGUAGGCGGUGAAGGCAGGCUGUGAAUGGCUCGGCCAAUAUUAAUAUUUUUCAUUGAUGAUCGGUUCCUGAUCAUCGACCUGAGUAUUUACCUUUUCUGGGUGAGGCAAGUCGGCAAUGCACAACGGAUAUCGUUUUCUAUGCAUGAGUCGAGUAGUCAGGUACAACACCGGCACAAUAGAGUAGCUGAGAAUGCCGAAAAUCAACGAAUAUCGGAACAAGGCCGAGAUAACACGAAGAUGUAAUCCAU